ACUCUGCAACAUUCUGUCCUGUACUGAACAACCAACGUGGCAGUUGAAGACCUGCGUCAUAGCCUUAGAGCCCAACUUAGCUUUCUGUUGCGUCUGGUGGUCUCCCGUACAACGUCUUUAGCUGGUGGAGGGUCUAGCAGCCAGGCGUGAAAAGUGGAGUGAACGUCACACUUAAUUUGCCCGCUAAUUCGAGCUCACCAUGCCUCGCGUGCCUCGUCCGUCCGCGUCUCCUCUCGUCCUUCCCUCCAAAGACUACGCGUCCGCGUCGCAGGCAACGAGGCAAUUGCAGCACGAGCAGGAAGAUCGGGAGGAGCGGCAUGUCCGAGAGGCGAAGCAGCAGCGGAGAAAAUCAAAGGCGCAGCAGCGCGCGAACAACGAGCUGCAAAUACCGGGGCAAAGGGAAGAGCGGCACGAAACAAGCCAGAUACAUCAAUGGCGGCUAGAUCCUCAGCCAAAUCCGUUGACCGAAUCCUUACUGAGUGGAACGAGUCACGCGGGAAUAGCGGAAGCCGAAGGCACGAGCUCUCGAUCCGGCCCGCAGGUUUCCCCCUUAUCGCGAUCACCUAUAAGAUGGGUACUACCUGGUUUUGUGAGUUUCCGCGCGCAAGGAGCCUCGAGCGGCCGCGCACAAGCCUCUGUUCUCCCGUCGACUCGUUCUUCCGCGCAAGCGUGCGCGCCAGCUUCCCCCGCGCUUCCCCCGUCCCCUCUGCUGGACUCGAGUUCCGCCACCGCUUCCCCUCCCCCGCGCCCAAUUGCCUCCCUCGCGGAAUCCUCUUCUCCCGCCGCUGCAACUGCGGGGCUCGUAUUGAGCGGAGAAAACAGCCUUGAGAGAUUAGAGAGGGGAGGCGCAGGGGGGGGAGGGGAAGGGCAGUAUGCAAGCGGAGGGCGGGAAUGGUGGAGAGCGGAGAAGGGGGCGAUGGCGGGGGUGGCUGGUCGCGGAGCGGUGACGGGGGCAAGCGAAGGGGAAGGCGACGGCGCAGGGGAAGAAUCGGUUCUGGGAAGGAGAGACUGGUCGAUACCCGUGCGUAAGGUGGACGAAGCGGGGAGAGUGGUUGAGGACUGCGAAGAGGAGGGCGGGAAGGAGCGAGGUAGGAAGAGGAAGGGCCAGAGGCGGCCGAUACUCAGGUGGAUUUGGCGAUCCGCGAGCGUCUCGAGUGAGGAGAGAGAGGGGAGUGCGGAGAGAGAGGAGGGCGGGGAAGAGGAGAGCGAGGAAGGGAGCGGCGGAAGCGGCGGGAGUGACGACGAGAGUGACGAGCGCGAGGAUGGGGAGGAGGAGCGGGAGGGGGGAGAGGGGGACGGAGUGGCGGAAGCAGCAGCGAAGGCUGUAGGGCCGCUUGUCGGAACGAAGCGGGCAGGCAGAGGGAAGAACAAGGCGAAGACGAGCGGUCUCUGGCGAAAAGAGGCGAUGGUGGCGGAAGCAAAGUUACAAGUGACCAUGGCGUGGCCGAUGAUGGCGGCGAAUCUCCUACAGAAUCUCAUGACGCUCAUCCCUUUGGCCUUCGUGGGUCGCCUGGGUCCGCUGCCGCUCGCCGCUGCGUCCAUCGCCACCUCCUUCGCCAACGUCACGGGCCACAUCCUGCUGCAAGGCCUAGCCAGCGGUCUCGAGACUCUCUGCGGGCAGGCGUUCGGAGCGGGGUGUCCGCUGCAGCUGGGGCUGCACCUGCAGCGCGCGUUGCUGUGCAUGACGCUCGUCGCCACGCCCGUCGGCGUGCUCUGGUGGUUCACCGAGCCGCUGCUGCUGCUCCUGCAGCAGUCGCCUGACAUUGCCGCCCUGGGCGCCGUUUACAUCCGCUGGCUGCUGCCGAGUCUGGCGGCUGCUGUCGUCAUGCAGUGCCUGGAAAGGUACCUGCAAGCCCAGUCAGUCACCUUCCCAAUGGCGGCAUGCGCGCUGGCAGCAGUGCUCCUACAGUUCCCCCUCACCUUCCUGCUCGUGCACACACUCCAGUGGGGGCUGCCGGGCGCCGCCAUAGCCGUGUCGCUGGCGUAUCUGCUAGACCUGGUGCUGCUGCUGGUCUACAUUCGCUGCACCGGCGUGGCCAAGGCUGCGUGGGGCGGGUACAGCAUGGAGGCGUUUAGUGGCUGGGAGCCGUUCCUGCAGCUCGCCCUGCCCUCCGCCAUCAUGCUCUGCCUUGAGUAUUGGAGCUUCGAUAUAGUCACACUUCUCGCCGGCCUCUUGCCUAACCCUGACAUUCAAGUAGCCGGCCUCUCUGUUGUUCUCAACACGUCAGUGAUGGCCUUUGUGCUGCCGUACGGCUUUGGCGUGGCGGUCAGCACCAGAGUGGCCAACGAACUCGGCGCAGGAGACGAGAUCUCAGCCCAGCGUGCUGCCACAGUGGGGGUGCUCUGGGCGCUCUUUGAGGCCACGCUUGUCUCCUCGGCUUUGCUCACUGUCCGCUCCUCCUGGGGCUGUGUGUUCACCACGUCCCCUGAAGUUAUUUCCUUCGUUGCUGGCAUCAUGCCGCUCCUCGUUGCAUCCGUCAUCACUGAUGCAGUCAAUGCUGUUUUGUCAGGCAUUGUGCGUGGAUCAGGCUACCAGCAAGUGGCUCUAGUUGCCAAUCUCGCAGCAUAUUACCUCUUUGGUCUCCCACUUGCUGCACUACUCGCCUUCCAUCUCAAGUUGGGAAGUGUGGGUCUCUGGGGGGGUCUGACAAUUGGCACAUGCGUGCAGCUAAUCAGUAUUGCGGUCAUCAUGGCAAGAAUGGACUGGUCACAAGCGGUUGACGUUGCUAGGGAGCGUGUGGAGUCAUCGAUGUCAAUGGACGACAAAGACGCACUAUACAAAAAUAGCAGCAAUGACCUUAUGGCUUUUGGAAGCCAUUCAGAUAGCAGCUUGAGUGGCUCCAUCGACCAGCAGGCGUCUGUCAGAAACUCCAAGGGGGUUCUUUCCUCACAGGAUGAUCUGGAAGCUAUGCACGUUCUGUGCUAAAUUUUGCUUUAUGGCAGAGUAACAUCCAACACACCUCCAUUAUUCUGGUAUUGCCUAAUAUUCUUUUCAAAAUCUUAU